AUGAAUGGGGGCGCGGGGUUUAUGAAUGGGGAGGGAGGGGAAUGGAGGGAGGCGAUCCCCAAUGGGAGGGUGGGCGGUGAGAAAGGCGGGGCGGGGGUCCCGAAUGGCAGCUGGGGGGUCACGAACGGGGGUCCCGGGGGUCCCCGCGUCCCCCCCGGCUGUGUCGGGCUCCUGUCGGGCGGCUCUGGCGACCUGGCCGAGGGUCCGUGGUGGCUGCCCCGGGACCCCCGCACCCCGCGGGUGCUGCUGGCGCCGCCGCCGUGCGCUCCCCCCGCGCCCCCGUUCCUGCUGCUGCUCGUGCCCAGCGCCCCCGCGCACCUCGAGCGCCGCCUCGCCGUGCGCGACACCUGGGGGGGCUCCUGGGCCGAGCCGGGGACCCCCCCGAGCCGCACCGUGUUCGUGCUGGGGGUCCCGCCCGGCCCCGACGGCCAGCGCGAGCUGCUGAGCGAGUCGCGACAGCACGGCGACAUCCUGCAGGGCGACUUCGGCGACAGCUACGCCAACCUCACCCGCAAGACGCUGCUGCUGCUGCGCUGGGCCCGCGCCUGCUGCGGGGGGGCGCCGUUCCUGCUCAAAGCCGACGACGACGUCUUCGUCAACGUGCCCGCUGUCGCGACAUACCUGGCGACGUGGCCGGCCCCUCCCCGCCUCUACCUGGGCCGGGUCCACUGGGGGGUGGCGCCGAACCGCGACCCCCGCAGCCGCCACCACGUCCCGCCGGGGAUUUACGGCGCCGCCCGGUACCCGCCCUACUGCAGCGGCACCGCCUACGUGCUGUCGCGACAGGCGGCGACAGGCGUGCUGGGCGGGGCGCUGGCCGUGCCGCUGGCCAUGCCCGAGGACGUGUGGGUGGGGCUGGGGGCGCGCAGGGCCGGGCUGGCCCCGCGGCACUCGGCGCGGUUCGGGGGGUCGCUGCGGGUGCCCCCCGAGCGCUGCUGCCUGGGCCGGGCGCUGCUCAGCGCGCACCGCCUGCGGCCCCCCGAGAUCAGGAGGGUCUGGCAGGGGCUCAGGGAGCUGAGGGAGGAGCCCGGGGGGUGUCCCCGGAUCCUGCACGGGGCGCUGGGGAGGCUGCGGUGCCGCGUCAUGGCCUGGGGGGAGAGGAUAUGGGGAGGGGGUGACGUCAUGGAGUGAUGUCAUGGGGUGAUAUCAUGGGGUGGUUUAUUGGAGUGAUGUAAUGGGAGUGACGUCAUGGGGUGAUGUAAUGGUGGAGUGAUGUCAUUGGGUGAUGUCAUGG